UUUUGACGUUUAUCGUUGUGCAAAAAGGAAAACAAAAUAUUUUCCGCGAGAGUUUUGCAAAGUUUAGUGCACAUUUUUAACGUUUUUCGUGAAAAUUUGACUGAAUUUACUGUGAAAAUAGUUGGAAACAGUAGUUGAACAACAAUGGGAUCCAAUCCGCAAGAAGAAUUAGAACUGCUGGAACGUGUCCUGCUGCGGCUCGGCUGUGCCGACACGGACGAACAGCUGCAGAACACGGUAACGAAGUUCCUGACGCCGGUCCUGAUCAAGAUCACGUCCCAGUCGGAGGCGGUCCGCAAGAAGGUGAUGGAAAUCCUGACGCACAUCAACAAGCGGCUGAAGUCGCGCAACCAGAUCCAGCUGCCGCUGGGGCCGCUGUUGCAGCAGUACCAGCAAUCCAGUUCGACGUUUUUGAUUAAUUUCGCAAUCAUCUACGUGACGAUGGGCUUCCCUCGGCUGACCAUAGAAGAACAGACGGAAAUGGCUCCCCAGCUAAUGAACUGCCUGGAGGGAAAACCGGAACCUCAUCAGGAUAAAAUCCUAAUGUUGGUCCUCCCGCUGUUGGGUGAGAUAAAAAUCCCGGAGAAUCCGGAAAGUCGUUCGGAACUCCUGGGGCUCUCGGGGAAGCCCCACACCAAACAGCAGCUGUUGUCGAUUCUGAUGGACGUGUUGCUGUUGCCAUACGGAACCACCCAGGACGGUGAGGUUCCACCGGGGAUGAGUACCUACAGCUUCAAGCGGGUUACCACGGAGCAACUGAAGGCGGAAGAGUUGGAACAGCUGAAGAAGGGAAUCGUGCGGUUCCUGUGCGGAGGGAUUUUCCCGGAGACGGAAACGUUGGCUCAUUUGAUUGUGGCUUCGGCGGAUACGCGGUUCUCGGUGGCCACCCCGGCCAUUGGGGAGCUGAACAAGAUUUGCUCAUCUCUCGACUGGACGGACCCAAAGCUGUCGGCACCGCUCUACAUGCUGUUCUCGGGUAACGGGUCCAAAAUACCCGACCGAAAGACCAGCCCCGUGAGCACCCGAGUCCGGCAGAAGUUGUUCCAACAUUUGCUCAAAUGUCGCGGCAAUGGAAUCAUCACCGCCAAGGGGAUCCAGGUCAUCUUCGAGGCACUUUUCGGGGAGAACACCAAUCAGAAGUGCAAGGUUCUGGCGCUGCAGUUUGCGGAGAAGUUGAUUACCAACGGUCAACCGGAAUUGAUCAACAAGCUGUCCAAGGUGUUGCUGACCGGAAUAUCGAAGCUCAUUGGAGCAUCGUCGGAAGAGGUGACUGAGGUUCAAAAUGCGGCGUACAACGCUUUGGCCCAGCUGGCUAUCGUGUGUCCGACGACGGUCAAUCAGGACGUGCAAUUGGUGGCUUCCUAUUUCGAUCAUCUUUCGCAAGGUCCUCCGGAGCUGCAUUCUUCGAUUCGGGAAGCCCUGGUGGCUGUUGCUCAGGCUUUCGACUGGCGGAAGCAGCCUAAGGGAGUGGCCGGUGACGCGGAGUUACCCAAGGGGGAGAAUGAUAAGGUUCUUACGGCAAAUGGGAGGUUCAUUCCAAAUUCGAAUCAAAUUCUGCUCUUGGGAUUGCUGGGUGAGAAGGCCGAAUCCAAGUUGACGAUUGUUCAGAACGUGGCGUCGGUGUUCUUGAUGACCUGCUUUCCGGAUUAUUACGUCCCGUCGAGAUAUUUGCUGCUGAUCAUCUGUGGUGGCAGUGCCCAGCUGCGGGAGAUGAUGACGACCUACUUGUACGGGGUGUCGAAGAAAGAUCACAUCAACUACGGCUCGAUCAUGUCCGUUGAAGACUACGAAGGGGAAUCGUCGGAACCGGAGUCGAAGAACCCGUUUUCCGCUACCAAUGAGCCCAAGAAAAUCGUUCUGCCCUGCUUUCGGGACAUGGCUGAGUACGUUGCGAUGAAGUCCGAGCGGAAGACCGCCACGAUCAUGGAUCGUCCUGGGUACGGGAAGAUCAAGCUGCCGUAUAACUUCGACACCUACAUCGAGGUACUGGAUUACCUCAGGAUUUGUCUGUUGUUUAAUGCCGGAGUCAACACCCAUCCCAACGAUGACAAAGAACUAAUCAAGCUGACAGGUUUCUUAAAACACUUUGUUGCUGAACCGGGUAAUACUGAAGUGAUUCUCAAAUACAACGAUCUGAUCCGCAGGUUGAUCAUCGUCCGAAAGGGCAUCACUGAACUUACCUGUCUGUACGAUCUGGUCAACGGAAUUCCGGAGGUCCUCGCUUCGGAAAACAAGGACCUUCUGGCCACCCUCAGUGCGUCACUCAAGGAAAUCUCCGAACCCACUCGAGCCUUGAUCGCCAAGGUCUACGGAGUCCUCCUGGCUUACAACAGCGAUGAAUCAGAAUUGGAAAAGCAAGUCAAGGAUCUCCUCGCCCUCGCCAACAAAUCUCUUGAAAACCGCCACGGUUCCAUCCUGGCCGCCUCGAACGCCAUCCACCGAAAACUUCUCCUCACCCCUGCCCUCCAGAACUGGCAAGUCUACAAGGAUCUUGUCUCGCUCCUCAUAUCCCUCUUGAACGAUCAGCAGUCCCUUCUCCAAUCAGCGUCCAUAAAAAGUCUCAGCCUUAUCGGUUCCACCUCCCAGCUCCCGCUCCCUGCAACACCCCCAUCGGAGAACCAAAUGGACGCGGACUCCUCAUCGCCCACCAAGUCUUCACUUUUCGAAUCCCUGAUGACCCUGCUUCAGAGCGGCCACACCAAAGCCAAGAUCCGCGAGGACGUCGCCCACUGCCUGGGCUACCUCGCCGUAGGUGAUCCGGACUUCUUCGCCAAACGCCUCCUGGAAGGCUUCCUCAAGCUGCUCAAGUUGACCAAGGAUCCCGCCCUGAACAUCGCCAUGGGUCAAGCCCUGGUCUACACCCUGCAGGGCCUAUCGACCGGCGAUCGCCAGGCCGAUCAGGACUCACAAGGAAACGUCAGCGACGAAACGCUAACCUGGUUCCUGAUCGAGCUGGUCCGGAAGGUUAACGAACCGCAUGCCUAUCUGAAACAGGCCUGUGCCAUUUGGUUGCUGGCCAUCGUGAAGAACUGCAGCAAGCGGAAACCGAUCGUGGACAAUCGGCAGAUUCUGCAGCUGGCGCUGACCGAUCUGCUGUCGGAGGAUAAUGAAUUGGUCCAGGAUGUGGCGUCCCGUGGGUUGGGUAUCGUGUUUACGCUGUCCAGUAAUGACGGCCAGGAGGAAUUGUCCAGCUUGCUGUUGGAUCAGUUGAUUGGUGGUAGGCGGCAGGUGCAGAAGGUGACCGAGGAUACCAAGCUCUUCGAGGAGGGCGUGCUGGGAAAGGCUCCCACGGGUGGCAACCUGACGACCUACAAGGAACUGUGCAGCCUGGCGUCGGAUCUGAACCAGCCCGAAAUGAUCUACCAGUUCAUGCAGCUGGCCAAUCACAAUGCCACCUGGAACAGCAAGCUGGGUGCCGCCUUCGGGCUGCAGUCGAUCUCCAAAACGGCCAAACUCAAGAUGGAACCCUAUUUGGGGAAGAUCGUGCCGCGCCUGUUCCGCUACAAGUACGAUCCGACGCCGAAGAUCCAGAACUCGAUGAUCAGCAUCUGGGACUCGGUGGUGAGCGAUUCGAAGGCCACCGUGGAGGCGUACUAUUGGGACAUCUUGGAUGACGUCAGUAAGAAUUUGACGUCGCCGGAGUGGAGGACGCGGAUCGCUUGUUGUUUGGCGGUUAGGGAUUUGAUCAAGCGCAAUGCUGGGUUGAAGUUGCGGACUGAUGAUUUGAAGAAAAAUGGCGGUGAGGAACAGAUGGAGGUGGAUGAGAAAGGAGUCCCGGAGCCGGAAUUGGCGUUCUUGUGGAGUCAGCUGUUCAGAGUGAUGGAUGAUAUUCACGAAGGAACGCGGAUGGCCGCUGAAGGGACGGCCAGUGCCCUGAGUAAGGUUUGCGUGGUGGCCGCUUCUAGCGAUCAUAGUAAAUCCGGGCUGAACGUGGCCAGCUCGAUCAUUCCGAUGUUCUUGGAGCAGGGAGUAACCCAUACGGUUGCCGAGAUUCGAAAGUUGAGCAUCAAGACCCUGUCGGAUUUGAUUGAUUCCGCGGGAUCGUUGAUCUUGCCGCACUUGACCAGCUUGGUGCCGUGUCUGUUGCAAGCUACCGGAGAGUUGGAUUCUGCAAAGUUGUCCUACCUUUCGACGAUGAUGGCCGGGCAGUCGGGAACGCAGGAAGUGGUGGACUCGAUGCGAGCGGAAGCAGCCAAGCAGCACUACACCAUGGAAACGCUGUCCAAGUGUAUUAGGCACAUCGACUACGAAACGCUGGAGAAGAUGACCCCGGCGGUGCUGGACGUCAUGAAAACCGGGGUCAAUCUGGGAACGAAGGUCGCCUGUGCGCACUUCAUCUGCCUGGUAAGCAUCCACCUGGGUUCGCAAAUGCAACCGUUAACCGGCAAGUACCUGGGUGCUUGUUUCACCGGCCUCUCCGACCGGAACGCAACUGUUCGUAGGUAUUUCGCCUCUGCUAUCGGCCACUUGAUCGGUUCGGCCAAAGAGCAGUCGAUUGUUCGGCUGUUCGCGAAGCUUCAGGAACUGUACUUCGAGCAGCAGUCGAAUAGGGCUGUGCCACUGACGAUUCAGGCCAUUAACAAGCGUCACCAAGAGGUGCUAAAAGAUUACUCCUCGAACGUUCUACCCUUGAUGUUCUUCGCGAUGCACGAAGAGGUCAACGAAGAUAACAAAGUCACGAUCGAGCUGUGGCAGGAACUGUGGCACGACAUCAAUACCGGAGAUGCCGGAUUGAGGAUGAACCUGGACGUAAUCCUGCAGAUCCUCGAGAGCAAGCUAAACGACCCUUCGUGGUUGCUGAAGGCCCAAGCUGGCAACGCCAUCAACACUCUGGCAACGAAACUCAACACCAAUCUGGACGACGCGGUGAGACUGAAGCUGAUCGACCUUAUUCUGGUCAACGUUUCCGGAAGAACCUUCAAGGGAAAGGAGAAACUCCUGCAUGCCUUGGCUAGUUUGUGCAAAAACCUUAAGAAGGACACGAACCACUACGUUCAGAUCAUCGACGCGGUCAUGAAGGAGUGUCGCAAGGAAGACCCCAUCUACCGAACGCACGCCCUCAAAGCUCUGGGCAACAUCUUGGAUGAGCUAAAGGAGGACCGCUUUGAGGAAGUCUACAACAUGGUUUGGCAUAUCCUGGACAAGCAGGACCUCUCGGACGGAGACAAAGACGACAAGGACGUCGUAUCGUCUGACGAGAAGAACAAGCAGAUGUUGAUAUUUGUCAAUCUGAAGGAAACGGUCUGCGAAACGUUGGGCAAGGCAUGGCCGGAACAUUCCAUAGAGACCCAGAAACGCUACCAGGUCAUGUUCGUCGAGAAGUGCGUCCAAUGUUUGAAGCUGAACACCAGGCAGGUUCAGAUGUGCCUGUUGCAAGCGUUGGGCCGGUUUUUGGAGAGGUUACAUCUGUUCAAGAAGCAGGAGGGCGACCUCCUGGUGGAAGAGAACAGAGAGAAGAAGGCCAAGGUCGAUUCGGAAGGUGGAGAGAUUCUGGAGAACAUUUGCAAGACCGUACUGUCGGCGAUUGUCGACGUGGCAGGAAUUCCACACACUGGACUGAAGAAGGAAGCACUCAACAUCAUGUUGAUCUUAAUCAACAAGCUCAAAGGAAAGGAUCCAUCCCAGACGACAACGACGAACGGAACUGAAUUGGCGAUGGUUCGUCAGACUUUCGAGCAGAUUGCAACCCUGUUGCAGAAGGACGCUGCUCCGGAAGUCAAGUGUAGACUGAAGGAUAUUGAGGAUAAGCUUAAGUAAUUUGAACGACUUGGCGUAAGUAUAGCAAUUCUGAACCGAUGUCCGUAGUAUUCUCCCAAGUGUGUGCUCUCAAUGACUUAACAAUAUGCGUAGAAUUGGAUGAUUAUCCACUCUCAAUUAUAAAUAUAACCAAGAAUUGUGAAUUCUGA